ACGUAGUGUUGCUGCUGGCUGGGCCGUCAAUGUUACAGUUGCAGGCGAGGUGGACCUGCUCUGUUUAUUGUGUACAAAACUAGUAACAUGUAGUUCAAUUUAAUUGUGUUUUGAUCAACAUUGACGUCUGAAAUGAAUCAGCAAUGAUAUUUCGUGUGUACAGUGCGUCUGUGUGGCGAAAUCCUGAGGCGGUGCGGUGAAUAUUGGCCGGGGUCCUGCGCCCCCCGGUUAGAGCGGGCUUUCUGAGGCCGCUAUUGCUGUUUCCGCUUCUGGUUAUCGGGUGCACUACGAACCAGUUGGCACCGUGCAACGGUUCUGGUGAACGGCUGGUCAACAACACACUGCCGUAAAUACUGAAACAACCUUCUGAUAUGCUAAACGAGCGUUGCGAACCGAACGAUUCGCCUGCACUCGCCCCGAUAUAACGAUAGCUAUUCGGAAAGAAUAGUAAAACUAGCUAGGAUUAGGACGCUGGCAAAUAUGAGUCGCGAAUUUUCAACGGCGCUCCUAGGCAAAGUUGUCGGCCACAUCUGUCUCAACGUCGGCUGGAAUAAUAUUCAACAAUCUUCGCUCAGCAUUCUCGUCGACAUCCUGCAGCGGUAUUUAAUUGAGCUGGGAAAGUGUGCGCAUGCAUUCACUAAUGGAGCGGGUCGAACUGAAACCAACACCGAGGAUGUGUUCCUUGCCUUCAGUGAUUUUGGUAUUACGGAAAGCGAUUUGCUCGACUAUCUUCUCAACGUCGAUUCGUUACCUUUUCCAUCAAAACUUCCACGGUUUCCGGUUCAACAGCCCGCGCAGCUGUGUUUUCCAAAAAUUGAGGAUCCACAACGGCCAGAAUGGAUACCAAGCUAUUUUCCAGCCACACGGCCCGAAUCCGAACUGACUUCUGCUGCGCCAUCAAAUGGAACCGGGCCUAACGGCCAAUUAACUGCAGCAGUUCCAGCUAUUGAAUAUGAAACUCCCGAACAUCAGCCUCAAGUAGCUCCAACCUCUCCACAGGUGGAAAACGGUACGAAACGGCCUGAAGAUGGUUCAGUGAAGGUCAGUAGCAGCAAAAAGGUCAAGGUUUUAGCUGAAGAAGGUACGCCAAUGCGUGAGGUGAUCUUCAUUCAAAUGACUCCAUCAGGAUUUUUGUCAGCAAUUCGUGAUGGCCGUCUCCCCGACGCAUGCCACCCAUCAAAGUUGCUACUCGACCCCCGUAGUUCGGAACACGAAAACAGCUCAGACGACGAACCGAGCCCCGACCCGUUGAAGCAGACCACAGGAGCAGCAGCGGGCAGCGCCAAAGCCGCCGGCAAGAAACGAAAACGAGGAGGCAAGACGGCAGCUGAGGCGAAGGCAGACAAAUUCUUCGAUGAGAAGAUUGUUUCGAACACUAACAAUAGUAACACCAACAGUAAUAUUGUUAACAAUAAUAAUAAUAAUAAUAAUAAUAAUACUGAUAACAGUAAUAAUGAUAAUAAUAAUAAGGACAGUGAUAAAGUCAAUACAUCGGGAUCGCUGAUCACUUCCAUCAAACUCGACAAGCAAGCGGGUACUAUCAAAGAGAAAAAGACAAAAGAUAAAGAUAAGUCGAAGGAUAAGGAAAAAGUUAAAAUGGGGAAGCUAUCCAAGCUGGCCAAGGUAAAAGAGAGCAAAGACAAAGCCGCGAAACUACUUCUUCUAAAAACGAAAAAAGGCAAAAAGCGAAAAAACCCGACCGGAGGACGCCCGCCAAAGCCUGCUAAGGUAGCUCGACUGUCAUCGCCUUCGAAGGGAGAUGGGACCAAACGUCGUCUCCCCAUGAUAACCACGAAAUUACCACGACCUGAUUCCGUAAAGCUUGAUGCUGACGAGGCUGACUCUAGCCGCAAGAAAAAGGUAGACGCUUGCACAAACAAUGACAUUCAUUCUGACAACGAUAGCCAGAGCCCAGUGAAGUUGAAAGUUAACGACGACCUCGUAACUACUACACAAGUUCCACAGCCACCAGUGAAACUUAAGGUAACCAAAGCCGAACGUUUAGAGAAGAAGGAACGUCUUUUAAAAAUAAAGAACAAAAAAGGACGCCGAGAGCUAAAAAUUAAGAAUUCUCCCGAUACUAAAGAAGCUGCGAAAGUUGUUAAAGAACCCCCUUCCACCAAAAAGGAGCUUCUGCUGAGUAUCGAUGAUGCUAUUUCAACGGUGAUAGCAGAAGCCCGACGGAAUGUUAACGAUCGUUCACUGGCAGAUGAGAGGGGUCGAAAGAAGCUCGUGGUAAAGGAUGUCUUCUUAAGCGACAGCGAACCCGAAUUGCGUCGAGAUCCUUCGCCACAUUCCGACGAUGAUAUUGAAGUAAUAGAUCAUCCAAAAACACCAGACCUUCCACCGACCAGUUCCGGUGACAAUGUAUUUGUGCCUACAGAAAUACAGAAGGAUACUGGUGACGACCUUCAAGAUUUCAAUUCUCCCGAUAGUGAGAAACGUCUAUUAAAAAAGAAGAAGGUAUCACCUCUUGAAGAAUUAGCUCGCCAAAUGCCGUUGCGAAUGGAAUCGGAGCCCAUGGGUGGGGUAGACGACUCCAAUUCACGACUUUUGACGCCCUCGGUCACAAUUACCCCCGUCCCGCUGACACCUCUAAACGCUGCACCACCGCCAACCCCAACGCUACCAUUACCGACACCAACACUUACCGUGAAAACACUCGCCGAACGUAAAGGAUUACCGCCUCUGGAGAUUGACCCAGAUAAAAAGAAGCGAAAAGAAAAACGUAAGGAAAAGAAGGAGAAGAAGACCGGAGGUAAAAAAAAAGAAGUCCCCAAGCUCACGCUCAAGUUGCUGAGUUCGGCUGCUUCUCUAAGCGAGCCGCUGUUUGAACCUACACCGUUGGUCGCUGCACCGGCUAUAGUACCUCCUAAAAAAUCGGGGGCGACAACGGGCAACAACAAGACGCCGCCAAAAGGCAAGGGGAAAAAUUCACUGCUUCGGAAGAUGGUCACUGAAGUCGGAUCGGACAGCGAAACCUCGUUACCUAUUGUUGUGGAAAAAAUCAAAAGUCCGCCAGCGAAACCGAAGACCACUAAAAUCAAGGAACUUAAGGAGCCCAAAGAGCCCAAAACGCCCAAAGAGCAGCCGCCCAAGAAUGAAUCGAAAUCACAACAACAGCCGCAGCAGCAGCAUCGAUCUCCAAAGAAAGAAAAACAAACACCUCCAAAGUUGACCUCACCUUUGCCGCCAAAUCUUCCUGAGAUUACGAUAACGCCGAUUCCGGCGCCAUCGUCGUCAAAGAAAGACAAAAAGAAAGAAAAACCUGUGAAAGAAAGCAAGAAGAAAAAAGCAGCGGCGACAACCGCCAGCGUCGUUGCCAUUGAAAAGAUCGAGUCGCCGCCACCACCGCCAGUAGUUGAGAAGGUUAAGGUUAAAGUGAAGGAAGAGAAGCCACCAAAACUGUCCAAGGCAGCGCUAAAGGAGGAAGUACCUCCGAGAGAAGAGAGACCGACGAGAGGCAAAAAGGACAAGGACCAAGAAAAGGACUAUACGCCAAGCAAAAAAGAAAGCAAAAAGGAACAAAAGGCUAAUAAAGAAAAAGAGAAAGGACCAAACCAAGAAGCCCAGGUUGAAGUGGUCACUGUAGGCACAAUUCUAGACGCCGAUGGUAAUAAAAUCUGGAUUUGUCCAGCGUGCGCAAAACCAGACGAUGGAAGCCCCAUGAUCGGAUGUGACCAAUGUGACGAUUGGUAUCAUUGGGAAUGUGUAGGUAUCAGUGUCCCACCAUCCGCCGAGGAGGAAUGGUUCUGCACACGCUGCACGAAACUUAGGAACAAGCCGCAUAAAAAACACCGGAAAUGAUCAAUCAGAGAUUCAAAGGGAAUUACAUACAGCGGGAUGUCGUCAACAGCAGAGUCUGCAAAGGUCAUUCCGAUGUAUGACUUUGACAGGUCUAUCAACAUCUCAGUACUGAAGCUGCUACGACGUAAUAUUUACCUAUCGUGCUCUGUUCUGAAUCCCUCUUAUUAACGUGACCUUUAGUCGAGUCGUGAGACUCAUGUUAUCGGAUAUUUUUAUAGAUCAUGCUUGGCUGAUUAUAACAAAUUUAAUGGAAUGGUAUCAGUACAUGAGUUAUUUAUAUGGAAGUAAAGUAGUCUUACGACCGAUCUGUUGCGAAGGAACUCAGUGCUUCAACAGGGCUAUUCUAGCGCCUAUUCAAAAUGAGCUGUGCAAAGUGAGUCCAUUUCGCAGGUAAAAAAAAUUCGAUACAUAGUUAUAUAAUGAAAAAUGAUCUCGACAAUGUAAUUUCGUGGGGAAACACGUUCAAUACGUAAUAACUCAUUAAAAAGUAACUAUAGAUACUCGUCCGUUUGAACGUUUUGUCACCGCAAUCCGAAUUCCAAAAAAAGCUACAAUAACAUAACAUAACACAGCAAAAGAAAAUAUGUAAACACAAAUGAAAUUGACAAAGUCUAUAACAUUUCCAAAGCUUCAGCCAAGCUCUUGGUAUGUAUUACUAAUAGUAAGUAAUUAAACCUUGCUGAAGCCUUCAACCUUUGAUGAGCACGACAUUGAGAAUCAUAGCUGUGUAUAUUUCUUAAGGAGGCAGAAAAAGAAGGCAGUGUGCACUUGCAUGUUAUCUAGAUAUACACAUGUACAUAACUGUAUAUGCAGAUAACGAGAUUUUUUGCUAGUCGUGGGGUUGAGUCGACGCACAUGGACGUCCGAUCGCUCAGUGAAACAUCAACGAGUUAACGACCGAACCGUCGGUGCGUUUAUCUACAUCUGGCGCGGCGGCUGUUGUUGUGUCCGGCUGACCUACUUUGACGGGCGAGUUAUCUCUCUUCGUAUUGGGUUCACUUGAGCUCCGCUAUAUAUAUAUAUAUAUAUAUAUAUAUAUAUAUAUAUAUAUAAAGGAAAAGAAAGGUAUAUAUAAAUGCAUUAUUAUGCUACUAACCAGUAAUAAAUCUCUGGACAUUUGAAUGAGUGGGUAGAUCCGAUGUAGCAGGGCAAAAGGCAAGUGGAAUGGAACAUGCAAUAUAGAUAAUGUAACCUAACAAUGAUAUUACUAUAAUUUGGAGAUCCAAGGACCUCCUUUAGAAACCCUUCCUUUCGCGUAAACGGUAAGAUACUUUACCGGCAUGACGCUGAUGGUGAUUCAAUUGACGACGUUCUAUUUAUUGCUACUGUCUCUGUUCAGUAUUGCUGUGUAUUUAGAUUUAUGUUCCGAUGGUAGAGGGUGUGUUAAUAUUAUGUAAUAAUUGAUCUGCUGCUCGUUGAAUAAUAGUAUAGACAAUAAGUAGCUGAUAAGUAGUAAGCGUAACGAAGAUAUUAGUUCAGCCUAAUUGGCUAAUUAUACAUGAACCAUGUAGGUAACUGAUUGUUUUAAUUAAUUAUUGAACAUUAUCCUGUAAAUAAAUAAUGUGUAUAAUUUCCCGAAUUUUCUGUGUAACAAUUAUUGGGUUACCUAAUUAUAGAUUUAAGGAAACACGAAGGGGUGCAUUCGAAUCAGAUUAGUUUCCAACGUAAAUGCCGAAUUAUUUAAAGUGCAACGAAGAUUUGAAGCUUAGCAAAAUUUGAAUUCAACUGUCCAGCUCUGACAAGGUGGU